AUGGUUACAUCACAGCCUAAGCACACAUCUCGGGACAUCUCUCAGUCUGGGCAGAUUGUUACAAACAAGCACACAUCCUGGGACAUCUCUAAAACUGGGCCCGUUGUUACACACAAGCACACAUCCUGGGACAUCUCUCAAACUGGGCCAGUUGUUACACACAAGCCUAAGCACACAUCUCGGGACAUCUCUCAGCCUGGGCCCAUUGUUACAUCACAGCCUAGGCACACAUCUUGGGACAUCUCUCAACCUGGGCAGAUGGUUACAUCACAGCCUAAGCACACAUCUCGGGACAUCUCUCAGUCUGGGCAGAUUGUUACAAACAAGCACACAUCCUGGGACAUCUCUAAAACUGGGCCCGUUGUUACACACAAGCACACAUCCUGGGACAUCUCUCAAACUGGGCCAGUUGUUACACACAAGCCUAAGCACACAUCUCGGGACAUCUCUCAGCCUGGGCCCAUUGUUACAUCACAGCCUAGGCACACAUCUUGGGACAUCUCUCAACCUGGGCAGAUGGUUACAUCACAGCCUAAGCACACAUCUCGGGACAUCUCUCAGUCUGGGCAGAUUGUUACAAACAAGCACACAUCCUGGGACAUCUCUAAAACUGGGCCCGUUGUUACACACAAGCACACAUCCUGGGACAUCUCUCAAACUGGGCCAGUUGUUACACACAAGCCUAAGCACACAUCUCGGGACAUCUCUCAGCCUGGGCCCAUUGUUACAUCACAGCCUAGGCACACAUCUUGGGACAUCUCUCAACCUGGGCAGAUGGUUACAUCACAGCCUAAGCACACAUCUCGGGACAUCUCUCAGUCUGGGCAGAUUGUUACAAACAAGCACACAUCCUGGGACAUCUCUAAAACUGGGCCCGUUGUUACACACAAGCACACAUCCUGGGACAUCUCUCAAACUGGGCCAGUUGUUACACACAAGCCUAAGCACACAUCUCGGGACAUCUCUCAGCCUGGGCCCAUUGUUACAUCACAGCCUAGGCACACAUCUUGGGACAUCUCUCAACCUGGGCAGAUGGUUACAUCACAGCCUAAGCACACAUCUCGGGACAUCUCUCAGUCUAGGCAGAUUGUUACAAACAAGCACACAUCCUGGGACAUCUCUAAAACUGGGCCCGUUGUUACACACAAGCACACAUCCUGGGACAUCUCUCAAACUGGGCCAGUUGUUACACACAAGCCUAAGCACACAUCUCGGGACAUCUCUCAGCCUGGGCCCAUUGUUACAUCACAGCCUAGGCACACAUCUUGGGACAUCUCUCAACCUGGGCAGAUGGUUACAUCACAGCCUAAGCACACAUCUCGGGACAUCUCUCAGUCUGGGCAGAUUGUUACAAACAAGCACACAUCCUGGGACAUCUCUAAAACUGGGCCCGUUGUUACACACAAGCACACAUCCUGGGACAUCUCUCAAACUGGGCCAGUUGUUACACACAAGCCUAAGCACACAUCUCGGGACAUCUCUCAGCCUGGGCCCAUUGUUACAUCACAGCCUAGGCACACAUCUUGGGACAUCUCUCAACCUGGGCAGAUGGUUACAUCACAGCCUAAGCACACAUCUCGGGACAUCUCUCAGUCUGGGCAGAUUGUUACAAACAAGCACACAUCCUGGGACAUCUCUAAAACUGGGCCCGUUGUUACACACAAGCACACAUCCUGGGACAUCUCUCAAACUGGGCCAGUUGUUACACACAAGCCUAAGCACACAUCUCGGGACAUCUCUCAGCCUGGGCCCAUUGUUACAUCACAGCCUAGGCACACAUCUUGGGACAUCUCUCAACCUGGGCAGAUGGUUACAUCACAGCCUAAGCACACAUCUCGGGACAUCUCUCAGUCUGGGCAGAUUGUUACAAACAAGCACACAUCCUGGGACAUCUCUAAAACUGGGCCCGUUGUUACACACAAGCACACAUCCUGGGACAUCUCUCAAACUGGGCCAGUUGUUACACACAAGCCUAAGCACACAUCUCGGGACAUCUCUCAACCUGGGCAGAUGGUUACAUCACAUCCAAAGCACACAUCUUGGGACUUUUCUCAACCUGGGCAGAUUGUCACACAACAGCCAAAGCAGACAUCUCGGGACAUUUCUCAACCUGGGCAGAUUGUUACACAACAGCCAAAGCACACAUCUCGGACUCCUCCUCCAUAA